ACGAUUUUCAGGAAUUCCUCCAAAGGAAAGACAUGUGCAGACACCGUUUGCUUGUUGUGUAUUUGCAAAUAAAAACAUUACUGACAUACUAUGACAUGAGUGUGAGAUCGGGGUUUAGUUUGGGACCGCUGGGUUACACAACAUAUAAAAGAUGUGUGACUAAAGAAGAGGAAACGUUAUGUGUUAAAGUGAGUCAAGAGAUAUCCAGUGAUAACAAGUUUAUGGGAGCUUUCUUAGACCAUUUGGUCAACAUUUCAAAGUAUAGGACGGUCACUAAAUUGAAACCAGGGCAGGUUUUUCAUGAGGCUGAUGAAGGACAGAAGGGAUAUUUAUCUAGAAGUGACCUGAAAGUUGCCAUCGUUGAACUGUUGGGUUAUAAGCCUACAAAAUUUGAAAUCAACCAUUUAUUACAGACACAUGGUGAAGAUAUAGAUAAUCUUACAAAAGGUAUGACACUGGAGAAAUUUGUGUCAAGUAUGUGUGAGAAGCUAGUAUCUCAAGAUGAAGAUGAAGAUAUUCGUCACACAUUCAUGGCUUUUGAUGUUCAGUGUCGUGGUUUUCUCACAUUGGACGAUGUUAAGAAAGUAUUUAGCAAGGUAGCUCCUCAUGUUCCAGAACAAACAGUACAUUCAGCAUUUAGAGAAAUAGAUCAAGAUGGGGAUGGCAGAGUUAGUUAUAAAGAUUUUGAAUUUUUGAUGAAGUACAACACAGAUGACCAUAUCUGAAGAGGAAUUUCUAUAGUUGUAAAGUAUGACAGGAAAUGGGGAAAACGCAUGACAGGAAAUGGGAAAAGCAUGAUAGAAAAUGGGAAAACAUAUGACAGUAAAUGGGGAAACUUAUGACAAGAAAUGGGAAAAAGACAUAUUUAGUUUUACAAAUAUAUGGACUUUGUGAAUCAUGUUAAAUGUUAGAUGCUACUGGCUACAAACACAUUUGUAUUAGAAUGUUGCAUUUUGAGAAUAGUAUGACUAUUAGUGUUGCACUGAUGUACUUCUAUGCUAUAAGUGCCACAUGAAAGUAUUAUAUCAUUGAUAAUGAUAGCCAGACCAAGUGUUUAGGUUUAUAUUUCAUGGAGUCAGUUUAUUCUAAUAUUUUAGCAUAAACAUAUAUAUUUUAGACAUAUUAAUACCUACCCUAUCGUCUUUUGCUUGUCAUGUUUUGAGUUUAAGGGCAUAUCAAUACCUAAAUAAUAACAAUCAAAUGAACAAGCAAAAAUGUUUGUAUUAGGUCAAACUGUAUGGAUACAGCUCUUAGUUGAUGGUAAAGACCAUAAUCAUUUCUAGUAUACACAUUUUUGUAAAUGUACAAAUAAAUAAAUGUAGUCACUAGAUUGUCACAUCAAUUUGAAUUCUUGACUUAAAUAAUGUUGUUAUAAUUUAUUGUUAUAAAGUUUAUUUGUUACAUUAAAAUGAAUAAUUUAUAAUUUGUUACAUGUAUUAAAUUUUUGUCUGUA